GUCCUAAUGUUGGUGACGUCACUUACCGGAAGUGAUUUUCAGUCGUGUGUUUCGUUUGAAACGGUAGAUAAUUAUCUAGCGCUGUAAAACAUACGCAUAUUAAGAGUUAAAGGACUUGUGUGAUAAUAGUUAAUUAUUUAAAGCAUCAUGGAUGAUGAAGAGGAGACUUACCGCCUGUGGAAAAUCCGGAAGACGAUAAUGCAGCUCUGCCACGAUCGAGGAUACUUGGUGACGCAGGAUGAGUUGGAUCAGACGCUGGAUGAGUUUAAAAGUCAGUUUGGGGACAAGCCGAGCGAGGGCCGUCCUCGGAGGACAGAUCUCACGGUGCUCGUGGCUCACAACGACGAUCCCACUGACCAGAUGUUUGUCUUCUUCCCAGAGGAGCCCAAGGUGGGAAUUAAAACCAUCAAAAUGUACUGCCAGCGCAUGCAGGAGGAGAACAUCACCCGCGCCAUUAUUGUGGUCCAGAUGGGCAUGACACCUUCUGCUAAACAGUCGCUGGUGGACAUGGCACCGAAGUACAUCCUGGAGCAGUUUCUCCAGCAAGAGCUGCUCAUCAACAUCACAGAGCACGAGCUGGUCCCUGAGCACAUUGUGAUGACGAAGGAAGAAGUGACAGAGCUGCUAGCGAGAUAUAAGCUGAAGGAGAGCCAGUUACCCAGGAUUCAAGCCGGAGACCCGGUGGCUCGAUAUUUCGGGCUGAAAAGAGGCCAGGUGGUGAAGAUCAUCCGGCCGAGUGAGACUGCAGGUCGUUAUAUAACCUACAGACUUGUACAGUGAAGCUGCAGUGGUUAUCCAUUAGGAGCUGAUAUUCUUCAAGCUGGAGGUGAUGAGGUGUGUUUCUGUGACCUUUAGUCUCAGUUACAGUGGGUGCAACUCAGUAACAGAUUGAACUACUACAUAAUUGUAGUUGUAUCAGAAAGGAAAGUUUUGGGACAGUUGUAUAUUCAUUUCAUUUAAAACUAAAUUGUAGUUGUAACAAUUGCUGAAUUUUGUAAUAAAGUGUCUUAAAAUUUUUGUUGA